UCGCUUUUCUCUAAACGCUGCGAAUGUCGACCACCACGAUCGACAGCCUGCCCGACGAGCUGCUCGAGCUCAUCCUGGUGGCUGCCGGGGACAUGCCGCACCUGUACGCCGUGUGUCGGCGGUGGCGGGCCAUUGGUGACGAGUUGGCACGCGUCCACGCGUGUAAAUCUGAUCCCAGCGGAUUCUGCAGCAACAACUCAAUUCUACGUCACCACGGACGUCACCCGAGGGACGACGACUGGCUCGCGUCCAUUGCGACAAUGAGCUACGAGCUCGUCUGCUGGUAUCUGCCGUCUGAGCCUCCGACGCUGUUUGCGCAGCAGACAAGGAUGGCCUCGGCCCUGUUCCAUGGCAAUCUCGCGGUGUGCAAGAAAUUGGCACCAUCCGUAUACGCGACCGCCUGGGCGGCACCCGCGCCAUGGUACCCGCCGCCAAUGCGAGGGCAUGUCGGACUGCAGUCGGCCGUCAACAUUCGCGGAUCGUUCUCGCUGCGGCAGCUGGCGGCUGUGCUUGCUGCGGCGAGCGGGAAGAUGGACGUGGUCGAGUGGACGCUGGCAGAGCUGGGCGUGCAGCACUUGCGCGAGGCCAUCGCCAAUGCAGCCAUCUGGGGCGGACAUCGACGAGUGUUUGAGGCAAUCCUGCAAAGAUUCUCGAUCGAGGUGGGCGCGUCCAUGUGCAGGUCUGCCGUUAUUGCUGGCCGGAUGGACCUCGUGCACUGGUUGCGCAGCGAUUUCAAGUGCCCGUGGGACUGCGAGACGCUCCUCGCAGCUGCAGAAAAUGGGCACUUGACCAUGCUGCAGUACGCACUGAAGACUGGCUGCCCGCCACCGUCGGAUUCGACUGCCCUCGCCACCGCAGCCGCGCGGGGAGGACAGCUCGCCGUUCUCAAAUGGUUGUCGACGCGGCGCGAGUUUUCUUGGAAUGCCGCAACAGCCGAGCAAGCGGCAGCGAAUGGUCAUCUGGCAGUGCUGCAGUUCUUGCAGCUGCACGACUGUCCCUGGGACGAAGCCGCCUGCGCCGCAGCUGCCCGAUUCGGCCAUUUGGCAGUACUCUGCUUUCUGCGCGAGCACGGCUGUCCUUGGAACGCAAAAACGUGCGCGAGCGCUGCCAGAGGCGGCCACUUUGUGCUUUUGCAGUGGGCGCGGGCUGCCAACUGUCCCUGGGACGCCUCAACCUGCAGUUCGGCAGCGCUGGGAGGCCACUACGAUGUCUUGCGCUGGGCACGGGCCAACAAUUGCGCCUGGGAUGAAAACACAUGCUCGUAUGCUGCUGGGGCUGGGCAUUUGCGCGUGCUAAACUGGGCCAGAACCAACGGCUGUCCGUGGAACUCGACUACCUGCGAAGCCGCCGCCGUCGGCGGGCAUUUAGAUGUGUUGCAAUGGGCUCGGCGAAAGCAGUGCCCCUGGGAUGUGCGUACGAUCGAGCUGGCCAGGCAGUUUGGUCAUACGGAGCUCGCGUCGUGGGCUGCCAACAACGGGUGUCCGGAGCCCCCGAUUACGCCGAUUGACUGGGGCGAUGAUCCCGGAUUCUCGCUGUUUGAUUGAAAGGCCACCUGUAUGUAAUGUUCAAUAUAACGCUUAGAACAGCUCA